UGGAGGCUCAGCUCUUUUUAAAAGCCUUUCUCUUUCCAAGUUAUGUUUCCCGUCAUUUAAUUUCCUGACUGAUUCCACAUGAACUUCUCUGUGGCUGAACAGUCAUUCUCUGCUCGUCUGGACCUUGUUCUGCAGACCAGAGUAAAAUGUCUUUCUUUAAUUCUCUUUCUUUCUUUCCUCCCUCCCGUGUAGGAAUGUCACAUGUGGCAGAUGCUCCUCCCCUCUGCUCAGAGAUGGGUGAGGGGAAAAGGGGGUGAAGGGCCAUGAGGGAGAGAUGUGACUGAGGAGUGUGUGGGAGAGGAGGAGGAGGGAGCAGAGGACGAAGCAGGGAGGUGUGUAGCUCUAGCUCUGCUGCUGAAAAUCCACUCCAGACAGAUGCAUUUCCUCUGCUGCAGCACGGCUUUGAAACGUCCAGCUUCCUCAGCAUUUUCCUCCUUUUCCACGCUGACUCUCCAUCAGAGAGGAGGAAGCUUUCCAGACCUCCACCAGCUCAUCCUUUUGUUCUCUCCAAGACGCAACCCCUUUCAUGUCCUCUGAGACUUCUUAAGGAACUCAAAGCCUGGUGGCCCGAGACAGCUGAAGCUCUGCAUCUGCAAGUCAGAUGUUGGUUAUUGUGAGUCCAAAGUUAUUUUUACAGAUAGUUUGAGAUUCAGGGGGAUUCCUUGAGUACGUCUGGUCUGCUUGAAUCAAGUCAGCGUUGUGCUUUCAUUGGAGAAAUGAGGGCUGAGGUGCUGGUCGUCUGGGUCAGUUUGACCCUGUGCUGCGUCCUGGUCUGCGCUGGAGAAGAUGUAAAGGAAGACAAAGUGUCCACUGGUCGGGUUCAGGUGAGAGAAACCCGAGGACUGGUCAAACACAGGAGACAGGAGGAGGCAGUGGGAGAUGUUGAAAUGGCAGACGAGCCUGCUGAGGUGGUGGAAGCAGAGAAGACAAAGCCAAAGAAGAAGAAAACACCUGAGGAAAUUGAGGCAGCCAAAGCAAAGAAAGCAGCAGAGAAGGAAGCCAAAGCAAAGAAGCAGAAGGCUCCUAAGCCCACCAAAAAGCCCAAACCCACCAAGAAACCCAAACCACCAAAACCCACAAAGAAGCCAAAGGCACCAAAAGCAACCAAGAAGCCAAAGACAACGACAACCACAAUGCAGCCAGUCACCACACGUCCUUCUCUGGACGAGGAGGAGAAAAGACUGCUGAUUGAACUGGGCUGGGACACAAUGAUUCGACCUGUGACCCCAAUGGGGCCUGGAAGGGAAGAGCCUGUUGAGCCAGACCUGGACAUUUCCAAGAAGCCGAAAUCUCCAACAAAACCUCUCACUGACCUCGACGCUGACUACUGGGAUGCCAGACAUGAUGUGCCCGGUGGUUAUCCAAAUAAGAAACAAACCACAACUACUGAGGUCAUCAUGUACAUACCAGAGGAAACCACCACCGUCCCAUACAUCGGUCCCUGGUAUGAAGAAUAUGAUUACGCUGACUUGGCCGCUAAGAAACAAGAAGAAGAGGAGGAGAGAGCUCGAAAGGAAAAGGCAGAAAAAGCCGAGCGUCUGAGGAAGAAGUGGGAAGAAGAGGAAGAGGAGAGGCUGAGGCAGGUUUCAGUGCCUGCGGAACCAAAGAAGUGUCCUCCGCUGGGCCUGGAGUCUCACCGGGUGGAGGACGACCAGCUGCUGGCUUCCUCUCAGUCUCACCAUGGCUUCGCAGCUCAGAGGGGACGACUCAACAUGCAGGGCUCUGAUAAUGAGGAGGAUCUGUACGGCGGAGCGUGGUGCGCUGAGCCGGAGGAGACUUCCCACUGGUUCGAGGUCGAUGCCCGAAGAGAGGUGGAGUUCACCGGAGUCAUCACUCAGGGAAGGAACUCAGAGCAAAAUGAGGAUUUUGUGUCCUCGUACCACGUGGCGUUCAGUAACGACAGCCGUGACUGGACCGUGCUUCACGACGGCUACGCUGAGUGGUUGUUCUAUGGGAAUGUGGACAAAGACACGCCGGUGAUGAGUCAGUUUGCUGUACCCGUGGUGGCUCGUUACAUCCGCAUCCUGCCUCAGAGCUGGAACGGCAGCCUGUGUCUCAGAGCCGAGGUCCUGGCCUGUCAACUGCCGAGCAGCUAUCGCAGCGAGAACGAAGUGAACCCAUCAGAUGACCUGGACUUCAGACACCACAACUACAAGGAGAUGAGACAGAUGAUGAAGGUGAUAAACGAGGAGUGUCCCAACAUCACCAGGAUUUACAACAUUGGUAAAAGCUCUCAGGGCCUGAAGAUGUACGCCAUGGAGAUCUCUGACAACCCAGGGGAGCAUGAGACAGGUGAACCAGAAUUUCGUUACACGGCUGGUCUCCACGGUAACGAGGCGCUGGGCCGAGAGCUCCUCCUCCUGCUGAUGCAGUUCUUGUGCAAAGAGUACAACGACGAAAACCCCAGAGUGCGCCGCCUGGUGGACGGAGUGAGGAUACACCUGGUGCCCUCGCUCAACCCCGACGCUUACGAACUGGCCUAUGAGAUGGGCUCAGAGAUGGGGAACUGGGCACUGGGCCACUGGACUGAAGAAGGUUACGACAUCUUUGAGAACUUCCCGGACCUCAACAGCAUCUUGUGGGGAGCUGAGGAGAGAGGCUGGGUCCCCCGUAUAAUGCCCAAUCAUCACAUUCCCCUCCCAGACAACUUCCUCAAUGGCUCUCUUGCGGUUGAGACAAAAGCCAUCAUUGCCUGGAUGGAGCGCAACCCAUUCGUGCUGGGAGCUAAUCUGCAAGGAGGAGAAAAACUGGUUGCAUACCCUUUUGACAUGCAACGACCACCAGUUUCAGUAACCGACAGCCGGCGUUGGAGGAUUAAUUCUGAAAUGAACGAGGAGACGUGGGCCCGUAUUCAGCGGCAGAACGAGGGAGCUCUGAGAGAGACGCCGGACGACGCCAUGUUUCGAUGGUUGGCGAUGUCAUAUGCCCACAGCCAUCUGACCAUGACCGAGACCUACCGAGGCUCCUGCCAUGGUGACGAUAUCACUGCAGGACAGGGCAUCACCAACAGAGCCAGCUGGAAGCCGGUGGUGGGCAGUAUGAAUGACUUCAGCUACCUGCACACCAACUGCUUCGAACUCUCCAUCUUCUUGGGCUGUGACAAGUUUCCCCAUGAAAGUGAGCUGCCUCUUGAGUGGGAGAACAACCGUGAGGCUCUGUUGUCCUUCAUUGAACAAGUAAAUCGAGGAGUAAAGGGUGUAGUUAGAGAUGUGGAGGGAAAUCCACUGUCUAAUGCCACCAUAUCUGUGGAGGGAAUACGGCACGAUGUCAGAACGGCUGUAGGUGGUGAUUACUGGCGGCUGUUGAAUCCCGGAGAGUACAGGGUAACGGCCAAAGCCGACGGCUACACCCCCCAGACCAGACUCUGCAUGGUGGGCUACGACACGGGAGCCACUCCCUGCAGCUUCACCUUGGCAAAAUCCAACUGGGACCGCAUCAAACAAAUCAUGGCGCUGAACGGCAAGAGGCCCAUCCGACUGGUCACCAAACCGAAAACGACCACGCCGAGCACGGUGGAGGUCAGCACCGUCCCAGAGAUGGACGAGCACGCCAGAGCUCAGAGGAUAGAGCGACUAAGGCGGCUCCGCAUCAUGCGACUACGCAGGUUGCGCCAGCAGAAAUUAAGAGGUAGUCUUAGUACCACUCCUACUACUACUACAACGACAACAACCACCACCACGACAACAACAACCACAACAACGCCACCUGAAACCGAGAGGACAACCUCCUGGUACGACUCCUGGUUUCCUGUGGACAGUUGGUCAACCGAGAACCCGUUCGAUAGCGUCAUCUUCGACUCAGUGCCCACACAGGACUAUCCUUUUGAAUACACUAUUGAUUGAUCACCACACAGUCUGAGCCCAAAUUUAUGCUAAACAAAGAUCUUAUUAACCACUUCAUGAUGCUGAAACAUCACAGCUUAAAAAACACAAAUUACACAGGUUGUUAAUUAUUUAGUUUUCUGAAAGAAACCUGGCGUUAAAGGCACGUCCAGAAGAUAGAUUUGUUUUUUGGGGGAAAUUCUUUAUAGAGAAUUGAUCUGGAAUAGAAAGCCUCUGCUGAGCAGAGACUAGAGAGGCACAAGUUUAAUUGGGUUUCUGUUCAGUACGUCACAACACAAACAGGACGUGUUUAGGUACUUUUCCAUAAGAAAUCUGUGUAUAUCUUUAUAUUUCUUUUAUAGCUUUAAAGUGUGAUUGCUGGCCUCACUUAAACUGAUUUAAUGUACUGCUGAAUGCAUUUAAUUAAAAUGAAGUUAUUUUCUAAAAAA